AUGGCCCAAAGAAGCCACAGAAUCUGUAGCAUCUGCCAUAAGAUCCAAUCUUCCAGAUUCUGCACUCCAGAAAAAGACCACAUUCCUUCCAUUUCCACUAUGAUUGGAAAGGUCUGGCUUCUGCACGUUUGCCUGGUGAUGCUCUUCUUCCCUGAAAGCUCCUCUGAGGAUUGUAGAGAAUUUCGCGGCAGGUUAGAACGAAGCAACGAAGCCAACUUGGAAUUGGUGGCCAAAAAAAUGGGAUCAACUGUUCCUCUAAACUGCAUGGACGAUUUAAUAAACUUCAUAUCUAAAUCCAAUGAAGAAAAUUUCCAGAAGAUUAGUCAGUUGCAGGCAGAGAAUGCCACCGUGGCCAUACAAGAAAUCCUCCAAGAGGUACGUAACAUCUUCAAUCAAAACCAUACCAAAUUGGCUUGGGAUGAGAAUUCCGUAGCCAUUUUCAAGGCUGGACUGGACCAGGAAAUUGCGAACUUGCGACCAUGCGUGAGUGCAGGGGAUUACAUUGAUAUCAUCCCAAUCGUGAAAAACUACUUCCAAAGAAUCAACGACUUACUGAAAAAUAAGCAAUACAGCAUGUGUGCCUGGGAGAUCACUCAGAUGGAAAUUAGGGAGUGUUUUGUGCUGGUUGGUCGACUUAUCAAAAGGAUGCAAACUGAAGGUACUGUGAAACUUUUAGAAUAA